AUGGAAGAUAUGGAUAUAAUAAAUCCGUCUAUCCAAACUAAUAAUAGGUUCAGCUUAUUUGCCGAAUGUCACAUAACAGAACAAAAUAACUCAAACCGAAAUAACGAAUCUUUCAAGGGUACACCUCUACACACACAAAAAUACAAUAAUGCUUUCCAAGCAAAUUUACCUUUAACAAACUUAAGAUUAUGUUCGCAAAUCUUAACGACUUUGCCGAAUUCAAAACUAUUUUCCAGAAGAAAAACAUCGAAUACCACACGUACACUGUUAGCACAGAAAAAAACAACCACUGUGGUUCUUAAAAAUCUCAUAAUGCUACAAUCUGUAAUAGUAACAAAAAUCAGGGACUAA